GGCCGUCGCUCAGGCGCCCGCGCCGCUCGCCGCGGGGAUGGUGGGGCGGGCGCCGAGGGGCGCGGGCGGGCGCGGGCAGCUGCGGCCCCGCAGCGCCCACAGCCCGGACGGCGCCCGGCGCGGCGAGCCACGGCCGCCAGGGUCCGGGCUCCUCUCCUCGUGCUGGCGGUGCCACUGCUGUAUCCCUGCCGUCCCCCGGAAAAGAAGAGCGAGAAGAACACAACCGCCAAGCAACCACGCAGAAUUAAGAUACUUUUUUACAUAUCCGUGCCGUCAGCUUUUGGAAUUUCACUUAAAAAUUCAACGUCCGCCCCUAGUGCGAUGCCACACUGCAGCCUUUAAAGUUGCGGUCGCCAGGACAAGGAUGUAAAAUGGUCUUGUGUGCUUUAAGGCUUUGCUCCAGGCGUGUGACAGCGCCCUGUGGUGCGAAGCAGCUGGGCCACGGCCCUGCGGAGCCCGGAGCCCGGCAGGCAGCGGCUGGGUCAUGGGCUGGGAGGGGGCAGCCUGGCCCCUGGAACCAGGGGGUCUGCACCCAGUGCUGCCGUGGGGGACCCCAGGCUGAUGUGUUGGGAAGCAACACCCUCAUUGCAGCUAGGAAGCAGCAGAAAAACCAUUCAUAAAUCAGAUUUUGAAGGAGGUUUUCAAUAGCUUAGGCUACAGUUUGUCUGAGCGCAGAAUUAUGCAAAAUGAGUCAAGUGGAAAAUAAAGUUACCAGUGUUCCAGCAUAAGGAAGGGCCCUGGCGGGCAACAAACCUGAGAAUGACUUCCUUGAUUCCUAAACAGGUCCACAUUGUGUCUCAUCAUUUCCCUUCUCCAGUCCAACCUUUAUGGCUCCAAAAAUAUUUGCAAGUGCCGAGUUUGGGCAAAAUGGGUGGGAGAAAGGGGCCUGAAAUUAAAGAGGUAUGGUCCAAAUGCAUUUGGGCUGGUGAACAUUUUAGGAUGGUGUAGGGAGCCCACCAUGUACUGUGCAGACCCACUCCUAUGGAAACAGAAGGACUGAUCAAGCUUUCUCCAGCAGAGAAAGGACAUACGGAACAUAUGGACAGAGUGUGAAGUGUUUAGUUAAACACAGCGUUUUGUUAAAAACAGAAGAAAACACUGACAAUGUGAUAAGGAAUAUGUAAAUUUUUUAACAUGCUUCAAAAAGCUAGAACAUUGUUCCCUCCUUCCCCCUGAAAUGUAUUUUGAUAAUUUCCAAGCAGACAGCAAAGAAAAGGAAAUUGUAUCAAUCCCUUUGGGGAGAAUAUGACAUUCUGACUUCUUGAAGCCUAUGAAGAGAUUUAUAAACUUAAAAAAUGAAAAAGAUGAAUUUAAUCUUUCCAGACUUGUCAGACUUGUCUCAAUUAAUUUUUGAUGACAUAAUUAGAACUUACCGCUUUAAUGUGCGCUUUUUUAGUUUACUUUUCAAAAGAUUUAAUUUGUAAAGACUGAGGGAAAACGGAGGGCUUUGCAGUGGGAAUUGGAGCAGGAAGAAGGGGCGGACUCUGCGUAGGUUUGAGUGCUGAUUCAGAGGACUCUAUAAGCCAAGAGAGAUGAACUCAUUUUUUUCCUCCCUUGGGGAAUCAAACAAGAAACAGGAAGUCAUUGAUUCAAAAUAAGAUCAUUCACUCCGCAAUUGUAAACAGUGUAUUAUGUGCCUGUAAAUAUUUCCAGAACCCAUUGGCUUGUUGGAAAAUAUGAAGUAAAUUAUUAUAAUCUCUAACAAACAAACCACAAUAAAAAGAGUUAUUUUCAAACUUUUUAUCUGUAAUGUUUAUGCAGUGGAAUAUUAAUUAGCUUGGACAUUGAGAAACUACUUGUCUGGAGGCAUUAUUCAGUGCCAGAAAUCCCAUCUACUCAAAUGUUUUGUCUGUUGAAAGAUGGAACAUUUUUAACUCCACCCUGUAAUAUUGUGCCCUACCAAAAAGCGAAAAUUCUUUCACUACUUGAUCUGUUUGUGUUUUCACUACCACAAACACUGAAAGAUCCUACUGUUAACCAGAUGUUAGCUGAGUUCAUCUCUGUCUUAUGUAGCUGUGAUUAGUCAAAAGGAAGACAUUAUUAAAAAUCCUAAAUAGACAGUCUAAUAGGAAAUUGCCAUUCCUCGUUACUUAGGAGAGCAGAAUCCAGGCUGUCUGUCCAGAUUAAUCUGGAUGGAACUUCUGCUUCCUCUGCAAAGUAGGAGAAGCUGCUGCUUGGAAGUGCCACCUUCCCUCCUUGAUCGUGGGGACUCUGCACACGGAGAGAGGAGCGAGGAUUAGGGACAGGACAUCGCAUAAAUAUGGCUGAACUUUCAGAGCCAGAGGAUACUGUAAACUGGAAGGAAAGAUGUUUAACUCUGGAGUCACAGUUAAUGAAAUUUCGUCUCCAGGCAAGCAAGAUCAGAGAAUUGUUAGCAGAAAAGAUGCAGCAGCUUGAGAAACAAGUUAUAGAUGCUGAUCGUCAAGCGGAGAGAGCUUUUCAGCAGGUGCAGGUCAUGGAAGAAAAAUUAAAAGCAGCUAAUGUUCAAACGAGCGAAUCAGAAGCCAGGUUGUAUAAGAGAUGUCAAGAUCUGGAAAUCCUGGUACAAGAUAAAAAUGACUUAAUACAAAAAUUGGAGCAACAACUUGAAGAACAGAAGCAAAUAAGACUGCAAGAAGCGAAAAUCAUAGAAGAAAAAGCAGCUAAAAUAAAAGAAUGGGUGACAGUCAAGCUCCAUGAGUUAGAGGUGGAAAAUCAGAACCUUCGCUUGAUCAACCAAAAGCAAACCAAAGAGAUGAAAACGGUACAGUCUAAACUGCAAGAAGCUACGGGUAAGAAGUCUGCUACUUCAACACAAAAGCCUGGGGAGUGUCAGCGACUAAGCAGUUUGACUUUCGGAUGCUUUUCAAAUCGAGCAAGAAGUCCUCAACCAUCUCCUAAGUUUGAAGAAAUAAGCAAGUCUUCAUCUAAAGUGUCAGACUACACUGAAGGCAAAAACAUGCCAGAGAAGGAUAUCCUGGAAACUACCUUUGCAGUUCCUGCACACCAGACCAGUAAAGGUCAGAAGUCAUUGCAACAAAGUUCCUCUGGAUCAGAGCAGAACAAAAAUGUGCGAACUAGCUGUUCAUCCAAAGAUAUAGACAGUGACAUGUCAAAGAACUCCUGCACUACCGGGAGUGACUGGAGCUCAGACGAGGAUGGAGGAGACACUAAAGGACUGAAAUCCAGGUGUGCAUCGACUCUUUCAAGCCACACAUCUGAAGAGAAUGCAAGGUACGGUAGAGUGGGAAGUGAAAUGUAUUUGACAGCAUCUGAUGACAGUAGUUCUUUAUUUGAAGAAGAGACUUUUGGUGUUCAGAGGGCUCAGGACAAGAAGUUAUACUCCUGGCAGCAAGGGUCCCAAAGAAAAGGUCAGAACAAUCCAGGUAGAAAGUGCAACUCUGACUUCACAAGUAAAAAGAAAGACCAAGACAGUUCUUCAGAUGAACUGAAUAAGAAAUUUCAGUCUCAGAGGCUAGAUUAUUCAUCCUCAUCCAGUGAGGCAAAUACCCCAAGUCCAAUUUUAACACCUGCUCUGACACCCAAACAUCAAAUUCUAGCAACUUCUGCUGGUUCCCAAUGCACAACACAAUCAGAUUCUCCCUCAAAUUUGCCACCGCCAAAGCUACGGACUCCUAAUGUGUUUAAUAUAAAUUCAGCGUUAGCAAAGAAACAUCUAAGCCAGCCCCAGCUGAGUUCUGACAGAAUGUUUGGUAAAAAUAGAAAUGCCAUAAGCAUGAUACGUCCGUGGAGACCUCAGGAAACAGACAUUGAUCUGGUGGAUGGAGAAGAUACAGAUAUCUUAGAGAAAAUGGAGAUUGGCUGUGAUGAAGGAGUGUUUACCUAUGACUGCACUGAAGCACAAAAUGCUGAAGCCCAAGAACCCUGUGAUAUGACAAAGAAGGGUGCUAGCAACAAACCUCCAACCCCUCCAUUACAUCGAUUUCCUUCUUGGGAAAGCAGAAUUUAUGCCGUAGCCAAAUCUGGUUUAAGGAUGUCUGAAGCUUUCACCACGGACUCUCUUAACAAAAGUGCUGUUUCACUAACUUCAUACUCCGUAUCCGGAUUAUAUACAUCUCUGAUAUAUAAGAACAUGACCACUCCUGUCUACACCACUUUGAAAGGGAAAGCAACUCAAAUAAGCAACAGCCCAUUUAUAGAUGAGUUGUCAGGAUCUGAGGAAGAAGACAGCUCUUGCUCCAGCUCAAGGACUUCUGAGUCUGAUUCUCGAAGCAGAAGUGGUCCGGGUAGUCCUCGGGCUAUGAAACGAGGUGUGUCUCUAUCUUCUGUGACCUCAGAAAGUGACUAUGCUAUUCCUCCGGAUGCAUAUUCAGUAGAUGCAGACUAUUCAGAGCCAGAGCAGAAACUUCCUAAGACCUCUUCCUCACCUAGUGAUAAUGGCAAAAAUGAACCUUUGGAAAAAUCUGGAUAUCUGUUAAAAAUGGGCGGUAAAGUAAAGACCUGGAAACGACGGUGGUUUGUGCUUAAAGGAGGUGAAUUACUAUACUACAAAUCUCCAAGUGAUGUCAUUCGAAAACCUCAAGGUCAAAUUGAGCUAAAUGCAUCUAGCCAUAUUGAAAGGGGUGAUGGAAAACAAACAAUUCAGCUGACCACAGAAAAACGAACAUACUACCUGACUGCUGAUUCUCCCAACAUCUUAGAAGAAUGGAUAAAAGUACUGCAGAAUGUUCUUAAAAUACAGGCUGCCAGCCCACUUUUCAUACAGCCUGAAAUCAAGCCAACCAUGAAAGGAUUGCUUACAAAGGUGAAACACGGAUAUUCCAAAAGAGUUUGGUGUACCCUGGUUGGAAAAAUUCUCUAUUAUUUCCGUAAUCAAGAAGACAAGUUUCCUCUUGGUCAAAUCAAGCUUUUUGAGGCAAAGGUUGAAGAAGUUGAUAGAUCAUGUGAUUCUGAUGAAGAUUAUGAGGCUAGUGGCCGCAGUUUAUUAUCAACACAUUACACUGUUGUUAUCCACCCCAAAGAUCAAGGACCCACUUAUCUUCUUAUAGGAUCCAAACAUGAGAAGGACACGUGGCUUUAUCAUCUCACAGUUGCAGCUGGAAGUACCAGUGUAAAUGUUGGAUCUGAGUUUGAACAACUUAUUUGCAAAUUAUUAAAUAUGGAAGGUGAUACCACAUCUCAGAUUUGGAGACAUCCUACCCUUUGCCAUAGCAAAGAAGGAAUAUCUUCUCCUCUUACAACAUUGCCAUCAGAAGCCUUGCAAACCGAAGCAAUUAAAUUAUUUAAGACCUGCCAGUUGUUUAUAAAUGCUGCAGUUGACUCUCCUGCCAUUGAUUACCAUGUAUCUUUGGCCCAAAGUGCUUUGCAGAUCUGCCUCACACAUCCUGAACUUCAAAAUGAGAUCUGUUGUCAGCUUAUUAAACAGACUAGACGUCGACAUCCACAAAACCAGGCAGGACCAGUACAGGGCUUGCAGCUCUUGGCUCUCUGCGUUGGACUCUUUCUGCCCCAGCACCCAUUCCUUUGGCUUCUUAAACUUCAUUUAAAGAAGAAUGCAGAUUCCAGGACAGAAUUUGGGAAAUAUGCAAUAUAUUGUCAGCGAUGUGUAGAGCGUACCCAGCAGAACGGAGACCGAGAAGCCAGACCUUCCAGAAUGGAAAUCCUUUCCACUCUUCUAAGAAACCCCUACCACCAUUCGCUGCCCUUUAGUAUUCCAGUUCAUUUCAUGAACGGCAUAUAUCAGGUUGUUGGGUUUGAUGCCUCUACCACAGUGGAGGAAUUUCUCAACACCCUGAAUCAGGAUACAGGAAUGAGGAAACCAGCUCAGUCAGGAUUUGCACUAUUUUCUGAUGAUCCCUCUGGCAAGGAUAUAGAGCACUGUCUUCAAGGAAAUAUCAAGAUUUGUGACAUAAUUUCAAAAUGGGAGCAAGCCUCCAAAGAACAACACCCUGGGAAAUGUGAAGGCACAAGGACUGUCCGCCUUACUUACAAAAACAGGCUUUAUUUUUCAGUUCAAGUCCAUGGGGAGACAGACAGAGAGAAGCUGCUGCUAGUAUAUCAGACAAAUGAUCAAAUAGUCAAUGGACUUUUCCCUGUAAACAAAGAACUAGCAAUGGAAUUGACAGCUCUUUUAGCUCAGGUAGAGAUUGGAGAUUUUGAACGGCCUUUUUCAACUCCAGCAGGGCAAGUCACUUCCCAGUCCAAGUCCAAUCAAACUUUAAAACAAGUUUUGGAGAGAUUCUACCCUAAGAGGUACAGGCAUGGUUGUUCAGAGGAACAGUUAAGACAGCUUUGUCAGCGAUUGUCUACGAGAUGGAUGGCUCUCCGAGGGCACAGUGCUGCAGACUGUGUGCGCAUUUAUCUCACUGUAGCCAGGAAAUGGUCUUUCUUUGGUGCUAAAUUGUUUGCAGCAAAACCUCUAGCAACAUCCUCAGUUGAGAAGUCCUUCAUAUGGUUUGCUGUACAUGAAGAUGGCAUAAGCAUCCUAGAUUACAGCUCUAUGCGGUUAACAGUUACAUAUACAUAUAAGAGUCUGAUGACUUUCGGAGGCUAUCAAGAUGAUUUUAUGUUGGUUGUUAACAAUGCUCAGACAAAGGACAAAUCAACUGAAAAACACCUUUUUGCCAUGACAAAACCAAAGAUUCUGGAGAUCACUCUUCUGAUUGCCAGCUAUAUUAACAACUUUCAUCAGCUGAAAGGAGCUGUUCAUCACCUCUCUGCACCAGCAUUACUGACACCGCAAAGUGGACAGAAACUCAAGGAAAUGGGGAGUCAGCCACUUCUUGCAAACAACAGACCAACUAAAUGUCCCACUUUGUUAUGAAAAGGUUAUGUAUCAUGGUAACGCAUCAUUGUCACAGGGUUUCUACACUGACUGAAAAAUUUUUGAUGUACAUGACGUAGAGCAUAAGUAGGUCCAUAAAUUUCAAUGUUUAUAUAACAGGAGGAGCCCUUUAAUCAAAGACCUGGCCUGAACUGGAAUGAUGAUGAGCCAAUUUAAGGAUUAUGCUGUACUGGUGGUGGCUUGUGCCUACAGCUCAGAAAUAAAUGUCUGUCGAUAGGGGUGGGGAAAGGUGGCUGUGAGAACAAUUGCACAGGUUUUAGUACCCAGAUAUUUACUCAGGGACCAAACUGUCUUCAACUCUUCAUCUCUGUUUUUCAAAAUCACACAAGCUGUAUAACCUUCAUUUUGAAAAGGAAUUUUUGUUUAAAAAAAACAGUCAAAUACAAAAUAUUUUCCACUUCCAGCACCCGUCCUUAUUUGCAAUACAAGCACCACGAGACUAGAAAGAACAAAUUGAUAUGUAUAAUUUUUUCUUUUUUAAAAAAAAGCCAUAAGCACAUCAUGUAAAUUUAAAGAACAUUCUCAUGAUUCACUGUAGCCUUUGUUACACUUGGCAAGUCUUCAGCCUUGGUCUGGUAAAUUUCUAAAUAAUCCCACUCUGACCCAGCCUUUUGGAAAAAUCUAAAUUGGACAGGCACUGUAUCUAGUAUAGUUUUGUUGAACAAGAUUCUGUACCUAAUUUCUUCUUUAAUCCAGAAUAAUAAUAUAAUACAGGUGCAAGAAUGACUCACAAUUCAAAACACAAGCAUAACACAGAAAGCCAUUGCUUGACCUGUUGUGAGUAAACUUAGAGAUGUAUGUGCCAUAUAAAAACCGCGUGUAAUGUAUAUACAUUGAUUCAGAAUAAUAUUUUGUAAAACUUG